AUGGACAGGCCACUGUGGGACGCCCCACCGGGUAUAAAGGCCGGCUGCAGCCAGGUUGGCCACCAGCUGCUCGCUGGGACCACUGCCAGGAGUCAGGUGCCUGACAAGUGCUGCCGCGGCCGCCAGAAUGGUUGGAAAGGGGAGCGAGGACUCCCUGAUGGUCCCCCCACCUUUCCCCAGAUCCUCGCUGGCUUCCUGCUCCUGGCCUGGCUGCCCCUCUGGGGGGCUGCCCACACCCACAGCCGAGGGGCCCUGCGCUGCUACUCGGCCGAAGAACUGCUGUCCAACCAGGCGCCCCCACACCUGCUGGCUCAGAGUGCCAGGUGGGAGCAGGCCUUGCCCGUGGCACUGGUGCCCAGCCUGGAGGCAGCAGGCCAGCGGGGGCAGCCCGAGGGGCUCCAGGCCGCCAGCCAGUGCCCGGUGCUGAGGUCUGAGGAGGUGUUGGAGGCUGAGACCCACCAGCGCUCCAUCUCACCCUGGAGAUACCGCGUGGACACGGACGAGAGCCGCUACCCCCAGAAGCUGGCCUUCGCCGAGUGCCUGUGCCGGGGCUGCAUCAGCGCCAGGACGGGCCGCGAGACGCCGGCGCUCAACUCGGUGCAGCUGCACCAGAGCCUGCUGGUGCUGCGCCGCCGGCCCUGCGCCCGCCACGGGGCCUUCGCCUUCCAGGCCGAGUUCAUCCGCGUGCCGGUUGGCUGCACCUGCGUGCUGCCCAGGUCCGUGCGGUGA